AGAUAAAAUUAGAUCUUGAUAAACUGAAUAUUAAAGAAGAAAGAGAAAAACUAGACAAGGAUAAAAUAGAGAUGCAAAAUGAAAAAGAAUCAUUUUGUAAAGAGAAAAAAGCAUAUGAACUGAAGAAAGAACAGUUAGAGUUAGAUGUUAUAAUUGUAGAUAUACAAAAGAAGAUGAUAAAAGAAAAUUUUGAAAAAAUUGAAGAUGAAAAAAGAGAUUUCCGAAUGGACAUAUUAAAACCGAUAGAAAGAUUAAAUAGAGGUACAAAUUAUUUAUAUUAUAAGAAGUCAUUAAAAAAAUACAAUAAACAUGGAAAAGAACAAAAUCUGAAAUAUAAUAAAUAUACAAACAAAAAUAAGGAUACAGAGGAAGAAAAUAGUAAUUCGGAUAUAUAUGGUGAUAUCUUUUUAAAAUAUCCUUCCAAUGUAAAUAAAUCUAAUAAAGACACUUCGGAAAAGGUCAUAAGUAAUACAUUUGAAAGAGAUUAUAUGGAGAAACAAAGAAAACAAAUGGAACUUUUAAGUCAAAAAAUUAACAAAGAUAUAAUUAAAUUAAUUAGUGAUAAAGCAAAUGUUAAAUUAAGUGAAGAAGAAAAUGAAAAGGAUAAAAAUAUGAUUAAGAAAUUUAGAGAAGACCUAACCAAAGAUAGAACCAAAUUAGAAAGUGACCUAUUAGAACUAAGAAAAGAAAAAGAAAAACAUGAUUUAGAAAAAAAUAAAGUAGAUAUGGAAAAAAAUAUAAUUUAUAUGGACAAGCAAAAAAUUAUUACAGAAAGAGAAAAUAUAAAUAUACAAAACAAAAAUAUGGAAACAGAAAGAAACAAUCUGAUGGUGGAAAAGAAAAACAUUGCUAUAUAUAAACAGACUUUAGAAAAUACAACAACUAAACUUCGAAGAUAUGAAACAUAUAUUGGUUAUUUAAGAAUACGAACACAUAAUGAUAGAAAUGAAUUAGAGUUAAAAAUCAAAGCAUUUGAAAAAAAAAUCCAACAAUUCGAAUUUGAAAAGAAAUUAUUAUGUAUAAGUAAAAAAAACCUGGAUAAUGUUAAAAGUACCUUUUCUGAUAACAAUAAAAAAUUUUUGGAACAGAAAUGUUUAUUUGAGCUUGAACAAAAAAAAGUAGAAAAAGAAAAAAAUAAUUUAAUAAAUGAAAAAAAACAAAUAUGUAUGGAUCAAGCAAAAUUAGAAAUACAAAAAAAAGAAUUAUCAUUAGAAAAAUCGAAUUUUCAAAAAAUGAAAAAUAAAAUAAUUAAUGAAAAGUUAACUUUGAAAAAUGAAAAAAUUAAAUUAUCUCUAGAAAUAGGAAAACUCGAAAAUAGGAUAAAUAAAAUUGCCCAUGAUAAGUAUCAAAGUGUUUCAAUUAAUCAUAACGAGAAGAGUGACGAUAUGAAAAGGGAAAAAAUCAAAAUGGAUAAAAUAAAAAUGGAUAAAAUAAAAGAUGGAAAGGUAAAAAAUGGAAAUAUAAAAAAUGGAAAUAUAAAAAAUGAAAAUAUAAAAAAUGGAAAUAUAAAAAAUGAAAAUAUAAAAAAUGAAAAUAUAAAAAAUGAUGAAGUAAAAAAUAAAAAUAUAAAAUAUGAUGAAGUAAAAAAUAAAAAUAUAAAAUAUGAUGAAGUAAAAAAUAAAAAUAUAAACAAUGAAAAUAUAAAAAACAAAAGUGCCAAUAUAAAAAUUACCGAUAAAAAUUUGGAAGAGCAUCAUAUGGAAAAGGAUAAGAAUUCAAAUUAUGAAGAGAAAAAAAAAAAAAUUAUAAUAAAUAAAAAUAAUGACGAUACAAAUGAUGGUAUAAUAAUGCACAUGCAAGAUAAGUGUACGUAUUUAAAAAAUGAAAGAAAAGUAUUACAAGAAGAAAAAAAAAAUAUUUCCAACGGAGAAAAUAUAAAGGAAAGUAUUAUAAUAAAUGAGAAUAUAAAAAUAAAUGAUAAUAUAAAAAUAAAUGACAAUAUAAAUGACAAUAUUAAUGACAAUAUUAAUGACAAUAUUAAUAACAAUAUUAAUAACAAUAUUAAUGACAAUAUAAAUUACAAUAUUAAUGACAAUAUUAAUGACAAUAUUAAUGACAAUAUUAAUAACAAUAUUAAUGACAAUAUAAUAAAUAACAAUAUUAAUGACAGUAAAAAUACAAACUUAAAAAUCCAUAUUAUCGCUGAUCAUCUAACAUGUAGUAAUCAAAAUUUGAAUUAUGCAAAAAGGAGUACAGCAAAAAAUAAAGGAGAUGAAGAUCAUCAUUUAUCAAACGAAAGAAAAAAAAAGGAAGAAAAUGAUGAUAAUAAUGAUAUGGAAAGAAAUAAUAAAAUAGAAGAAAAAAGAAAUAUUUUAUAUAAAGAACAAUUUAAUAUAAUUGUAAAAAAUUACAGUGAUUGUAAAGAUAUUUCCAAUUUUGAUAAUCUUCAUGAUUCAGAUAAUAUAAUAUAUAAAGAAAUUAAUAUAAAAACCUUCAUUAAACGAGAUAU